UGGUGGCAAGAGCGCUUUGCUUUGCUGCUGUGAUUCAGGCCUGAAUAAUAAGCGGGGUGCCCGGGCGCCCGUCGCAUAGAAGAGCAGCUUAGAAAGGCUGCGGCUGUGGAAUGCUGCUGCUGCUCCGGAUGUGUUGGUUUGGCGGUGAGCCUCGACGUCACUGGGUUUCAGUGGACUAGCGGACGAGAACGGAAGCCAACCUCGCGGAAUGAGCGCGGUCGCAGGACACGCGGAAGAUCAACGGAAAGGAGCAGAAUCGAAGUGUGUGCGCGGAGGGUGCAGAAAUGGCGGCGAGGUAAUAGAAUAAGCCUGCUGGGUGACGUUGGGGGUUCCCUUGGGGGUCGUCGAGUGCUAAUAUGGGCUGCGUCCAACCGACAAGGCGACGAGGCAGUCUUUCGGUGCGAUAGAUGGAUGGCCCUGAGUUGCUCGGCCUCCCCUGCGCUCUCGAGGUCCUCUUACUCCGCGCAGGGCUGGCUGCGGAUGUACUACAAAUGCGCCAUCACUCUUCCUCUCACGCUUCAUCAGCGCACCUGCAGCUCCCGACACCUGAAGCAGCAGCCAUCACGCAGCGUCAGAGCGCCGGGCUCCACACUAUUACCUAUUUACUGCACCAGACAGCUGCUGAGCUCUUGGUGUUGCAGCCCACUGGCCCGCUACACUUGUCGUGCAGCAUGGUCGACCCACGGUGAAGGACGCUCCCACCAGUGCGAGAAAUGCCUCCACAGCAGCCCUGAGCCACCUUUCGAAUCGCGCAAGCCGCCUGCGAGGCCUGCACAUGCACGUCUGCGUCGCCGGCCACAGCGGCUAGAAACAGUCGCCCAAUCAGGCAGUGAAGCGGCCACAUGGGCCGUUUGGGACCUGCAACCAUCACCCGCCGUGAUAGGCACGGCAAGACGCUCCUGCAUCGAUCCAGAAACCCGACGAAGUACUGCACCAGCCGAUUGUAAACUUUGCUGCUCGAUGUGACCAAGCCGGCCGUCCAAUGAGAAAAUGCUCGCGACACCUGCAAAGACAUUCGCACGACGUGACCAACCAAAGCGCGAUGGCCUG